AUGAAGACUAAUGAUUAUAGACAGCAGUGUGCUGGUUUAACGAAAAACGCAAAACAUACACUUACUUUAGAUAACACACAACAUACUAAUGAUAGAAAUAAACAAUAUCGACCAUUUAUUUUAGACGAAGAAAAUUCAAAUAUUGAAAGAGAUGAAGAGUCAGGAUCAUUAUUAGGAAGAGAAAGAAAUGAAGAGCCAAUGGAAUUUGAAUAUUCAACAGAUUCAUGUUGUUGCAUUCUUUUUUAA